UGUGUCGGUUAGAAAUGAAGGUCAGAGGCAUUACAAGAAGCGAAGCCAAGUUUUCUCGGGAGACAAACAGAGCUUAAAAUGCUGUAGUUUCAGCUAUCAGUGAGCAGCUUUGCAAUUUAAAACUCAACACUCAAAAAAGAUAUACUUUUGGUCGUGAUUAAACAGAUGGAAUUCUCGGACUAUACACAGAUAUUAUUCAAUAGAAUCAACAAAAUUGAUCCGGAAAAUGUUUCAAAGAUCAUAGGCUAUAUUCUUUUGCAAGACUAUGGUGAGCAAGAGAUUGUCCAGUUGGCUACUUGCCCUGAUAUAGUCAUGCAGGAGGUCAUUUAUAAAUCGAAGCUUGAACUGCAGCAUCUGCCGUUCAAAUCCGUCUCGCCCCCGAUAUCGCCUCCGAUGAACCCCAUCCCUGCUCUCGAAUUGCCCUCACAGUUCACUUCCUUUUCGCCUCCUGUUUCACCAUCAGUUUCCUCCAAGCUUUUUCUGUCCCCUACAAGUGUCCAGGUGACACCUCCGUACUGGGAACAGCAACUUGUUGCUAAGCAUAGCCCGGAUUUUACGGCAUCUGGUUACUUGGAUUCGAUGUCCAAUCUGCAGGCUCAAACUCAACAAUUGAGUCUGGAAGAUCCAAUGGAGUUUGUGGAGAACGCCGGGUUUUCUAUCGCCAAUCAUGAUGUUAAAGUAGGACGUCGAUAUCAGAAUCCGCACAACUUCCCUGUUAAGACCUGUCAUUAUUUCAGCAAAGGGUACUGUAAGCAUGGAAGUAACUGUAGGUACUUUCAUGGUCAAGUUUCGGAUGGCUUCCCUCAAAUGUUUAUCCAGAAUUCGAUGGAUACUGUUGGUGACAAUCAUGUUAUGUCACUUGAGAAGUUAGAGGUCGAGUUAGUCGAGCUUCUGAAAAUGAAGAGAGGGGAUCCUGUUUCGAUUGCAUCGCUCCCUCUGUUGUAUUAUGAGAAAUAUGGAAAAGUUCUGCAGGCAGAUGGUUAUCUCACAGAGAGUCAGAGACAUGGUAAAGCAGGUUACAGCUUGACAAAGCUUCUCGUUCGAUUGAAGAAUGCAAUUCGAGUCAUUGACAAUCGCAGGCCUCAUGGACAGCAUUCUGUCAUUUUGGUCGAAGAUGCACCGAAGUACAUGGAAAAUCAAAACGAUAGAAAUGAUCCUGGUCCGAUUGUAAGCGGAUCACGACAGAUAUAUCUCACAUUCCCAGCCGAGAGCUCUUUUAGUGAAGAUGAUGUCUCCAACUAUUUCAGCAAUUAUGGACAAGUCGAAGAUGUCCGUAUUCCCUGCCAGCAGAAACGGAUGUUCGGGUUCGUAACCUUUGUUAGUGCAGAUACUGUGAAGAUGAUUUUAGCCAAAGGAAAUCCACAUUAUGUCUGUGGGGCUCGUGUUCUUGUGAAGCCUUACAGGGAAAAACCAAAGCUUGUUGACAGGAAGUACCAGGAAAGAAUUGAGUCUCCGAUGUUUUAUUCUCCCCAUUAUAUAGACAUGGAACCCGAGCUUCACUCAAUUCCGAGAGGAUAUGCAACGUCUAGGCUGUACAAGAAGCAUUUUGUAGAAGAUCCUGAGCAAUUCUUUCAACCUCCGAGGAGGCACCUUUCGGAGAUUCAUUUGGCACAGAAGCCUCUGGCGAAUCAGUCCUUUUUCGCCCACUCCAUUGACGGGUUUAAAGUCUCGGAAGAUCAACUCGGUUUCCCAUCAACCAAUUUCAAUUUUCUGCUGGAAGCUCUCAACACUGGCACUGCAUCUGAUGGAAAAAUAAAGCAUGUAGAGACAGACAACAAUGACCAGGAGAGCGAUGGACUCAAUCUGCCAGAUAGCCCCUUCGCUCCUGCUAUACCUAGCGGCAUUUCCGCUGUCGUCUAGGCACAGACAAAUAGAGGAGUUAGUUAGGUUACCAGUGACAAUCUGCUAAUCUAUACAUAAACAAAGCACUUUUACGCCUUUUCCGUUACUCGUUCUUUUUUACAUCUCCCGCAAGUACAUAAUAUCCGGACGAAGUAAAUCUCCGAUGGAUCGAUCUGCCCCCUCUGUUGAUUUCGAAGCGGCGGAACGAGAAAGACAUGACACAUAGAAGCAAUAUAUAUAAAGAAGGUUCUACACUUUUUUUUAUGUUAAAAUCACUUGAAGAAGGCAAGAGAGAGUAUGGAUCAUUAGAAGAGGAUGUAAUAUAUGUCUUUUUUUAGGUGAACAAAAGAAAUAUAGCAGUGUACAGAGAGUUUCAAAUGUGUUUGAAGUCACUGUAACACUAGCAAUAGAAUUGAAAUAA